AUGAAGUCUCUCGCUGCUGCCCUGGUGGCAGGUGUUGCUUCGGCCGCUGUUACGCAGCAACCGAUGCAACUCCCCAAAUCGUUCUCAGCUGCGGCAAAGGAUGCGUUCGACAACCAGAUGCAUCACCUCAAGGAUGCUCUCAGGGGUCUCACUGCUGAGGCGGCUUCCGUCUGGGACGAAGUAGCUGCUCUCUAUCCCGAAGCCAUGAGCGAAGCAAGCUUCUUUUCCCUACCCAAGAAGCACACCCGCCGCCCCGACCACGAAUGGGACCAUAUCGUGCGUGGUGCAGAUAUCCAGAAGGUCUGGAUCCAGAACGAGAAAGGAGAACAAGAGCGCCGGAUUGAUGGCAAGCUUGAUACAUAUGACCUCCGUGUCAAGUCGGUUGAUCCCAGCUCCCUCGGCGUUGACACCGUCAAGCAAUACUCUGGAUACCUGGAUGACAACGAGAACGACAAGCACUUAUUCUACUGGUUCUUCGAGUCACGAAACGACCCGAAGAAUGAUCCAGUUGUCUUGUGGCUUAACGGCGGACCGGGAUGCUCCUCUUUGACCGGUCUGUUCCUCGAACUGGGUCCAUCCAGCAUUAACGAAAAGAUCCAGCUCGUCUCAAACCCGUACUCGUGGAACGAUAAUGCCAGCGUCAUCUUCCUAGACCAGCCUGUCAACGUCGGUUACUCGUACUCGAGCGGCAGCGUCUCCAAUACUGUUGCUGCUGGAAAGGAUGUGUAUGCUCUUCUUACGCUCUUCUUCGAACAGUUUCCAGAGUACGCGCACCAAGAUUUCCACAUCGCGGGUGAAUCGUAUGCUGGACAUUACAUUCCCGUGUUUGCGGCUGAAAUCAUGUCACACAAGAAAAAGAACAUCAAUCUCAAGUCUCUCUUGAUCGGGAACGGCCUUACUGAUGGACUGACUCAAUAUGAGUACUACCGACCAAUGGCUUGUGGUGAUGGUGGCUGGCCUGCCGUUCUCGAUCCUCAGUCGUGCGAAGCGAUGGAUAAUGCCCUUCCUCGAUGCUUGUCUUUGAUCCAAAACUGCUACGACAGCGAGAGUGUGUGGUCCUGCGUUCCGGCUAGCAUCUAUUGCAACAAUGCUCUCCUUGCACCUUAUCAGCGAACUGGGCAGAAUGUCUAUGAUGUCCGUGGCAAGUGCAAGGAUAGCAGCAAUCUGUGCUACCCGGAACUCGGCUAUAUCAGUCAAUGGCUUAACAAGGAGUCUGUCAUGAAAGCCCUCGGCGUUGAAGUCAGUGGAUACGACUCCUGCAACUUCGACAUCAACCGCAACUUCCUCUUCCAGGGCGACUGGAUGAAGCCAUACCAUCGUCUUGUGCCUGACCUCAUUGCCGAAAUGCCUGUACUUAUUUAUGCUGGCGACGCCGAUUUUAUCUGCAAUUGGCUGGGCAAUAAGGCAUGGAGUGAAGCUCUCGAGUACCCAGAUCACAAGAAGUUUGCUGCUACAGAGAUGAAGGAUCUUCGCCUUGAUGGCAAUGGUCGCAAGAUUGGCGAGGUCAAAUCCCAUGGCAAUUUUACCUUCAUGAGGAUCCACGCUGGAGGCCACAUGGUACCUCUUGAUCAGCCCGAGGCCAGCUUGGAGUUCUUCAACCGAUGGCUGUCCGGAGAGUGGUUCUAG